UGCGCGGCUUCGGGAAUCAUAUAUAAAGAAGCCUUAUCAGCCUCGAGCCUGACACAUUCCACUAAAGACACAUCGCAGCAGCUUCGCGCGAAAGUCGAUCGAGUAGUGCGCGCACCUGUUAACGCCGCCGCCGGUGGUCCAUACGCGAUCAUGCCGGGCCUGUUGGUGAGCCUCGCCCUCCUGGGCCUGGUGCUUCUGGCCUUCCGCUUCUACGCCCGCUACAAGCUCGACUACUGGAAGCGCCGAGGCGUCGAGCAGCUGCCCCAGUCGAACGUCGUUUUCGGCAACUUCAAGGACGCGGUCCUCUUCCAGACGGCCCCGGGCUGGCAUCUCGGUGUCCUGCACAAGUCGGCCGUGAACCAGGACGCUCCGUUCCUCGGCUUCUACAUCUUCCACAAGCCCUGCCUGCUGCUGCGCGACCCCGAGAUCAUCAAGCAGAUCAUGAUCCGGGACUUCGACAACUUCUCCGACCGGCACUUUGCCGGUUCCCAGCAGAAGGACAGCAUCGGCAUGAAGAAUCUCUUCGGCCUGAAGAACCCCGCGUGGAAGUACCUCAGGUCCAAGAUCAGCCCGACCUUGGCCAGGGGCAAGCUAAAGCAGAUGCUGCCGCUGAUGAUGCAGACCGGUAAGCCCAUGAUGGAGUACCUGGAAGCCCAGGGCAUCGAUGCCAACAACGAGAAGAUGAUAGACGCGCAGGAGCUCAACUACAAGUACGCUACCGAUCUCAUUGCCAAUGUCGCGCUCGGCACCCCCAUGGACUCGUUCCAUCGUCCCAACGAGGAAUUCAGCAAAGCAGUGUACCAGUUCUUCCACGGAUUCAAGCGGAUGAUCGCCUUGGUCACGGUGUUCUUCGUGCCGGAAUUAGUGGAACUGAUAGGCCCCAGCCUGCUGUUCAACUCGAAAUUCGUGAGAAAAGUGUUCUGGAACGCCGUCAACAGCCGCGAGAAGAACGGCGAGAAACGGGGCGACUUUAUCGAUUCUCUGAUCCAACUGAAGAACGGCGAACAGAAUCCCGUUUACAAGUUCGAGGGCGAGAACCUGCUGUACCAAUCGGGCACCUUCUUCUCGGGCUUCGAGUCCAGCUCGACGACGACGGCGUUCACCCUGAUGGAGUUGGCGGCUCACCCGGAGAUCCAAGAACGCGCUCGGCAAGACAUCGAGCGCGCUAUCGAGGAACACGGCAUGACGUACGAGGCGUUCAACGACAUGAAAUAUCUCGACCAGUGCUUGGCCGAGGGCGUCAGGUUACAUCCGCCGGUCUCGACCAUCGACAGAUACACUCGCCAGGACUAUACGAUUCCCGGCACAGAUAUCGUGAUUGAAAAGGGAACUGCGAUAUACAUAUCGCUCUACGGUCUGCAAGAGGAUCCGAGAUUCUUCACGCGUCCCUCGGUGUUUGAUCCAGAACGUUUCGCGGAUGACAGAAAAGUGUCGGACGCGUUCAUUCCCUUCGGAAUCGGCCCCAGGAUGUGUGUUGGCAUGAAGGCAGGACAACUGCAUGCUAAAGUAGUAUUGGCUAUGAUACUGCGGGAGUACACGGUGACGCAGCGACCGGAGAACAAGUUAGUCUUAGAUCCGAGAUCGACGUUCACGGCUGCCGCCGACGGAAUCAAUCUACACUUUAGAAAGAAUAUCAAAUAGGAUUACGUACUUGUAUAACGUUCAUCGUCACUCCUAUAUACACCGAGCGGGCUCGCUGACGAUCGAGGGAAUGUAAUGCAUGAGGGCAUUUUAUAUGCCUAUAUUUUUCUUCUUAACGAAUGUUUGAAAAAUUGAAAAAUCAUUAAUGAAACAGUGAUUUUUACUUCGAUUAAAAGAUGCGCUGAUGAAUUUCGAAGUUAAUAUACGCUACAAAUUUUUCUUUAUCAUAGUUAUGAUACAAAAAUUCUAAACAAUAAUGAAUAGUAGAUGCACGUGAUUAUCAUUGCAGCGUAUAUUAACUUCGAAAUUCAUCAACGCAUCUUUUAAUCGAAGUAAAAAUCACUGUUUCAUUAAUGAUUCUUUUAAUUAACUAAUCUAUAUGUAUAUAUUUUUAAUAUUCGAUGAUCUUGCUGUGAGGACAAUUAUAUUUAUUUUUAUAAAAACCAAAGAAUAACAAUGUACAGCUCAGUUCACUGAUACAAUUUGAUAAUUGUCAAGAAAUAAUUAGUGAAAAAAAAAAUAUUUGCUUAUUUGUAAUGAGUAUAAAUAUGUUAUAGAAAUCGAUAAACUAUGUCAACUAUCCUUUUUGUAUAUAUAAUGUUUAAAUAAAAUACUUAUAUUAUUAAAAUUAAAAUAUUCUCCAAA